AUGACCGACAAAAAGAUCCAAAUUAUUUGCCUCUAUCGAACCUUCGACGCCAUUCGCGAUCGUUCGAAAAAACUCUUGUCGUUCGUAGAGAAAUUCUCUUCGAAAUCGAGUGACCUUGACGAGCUGGAGGAAAAAAUGUCUGUGGUUGACGAUUUACGUGGCCAGUUUCUUGACACCCGCUCGAAACUGUAUGGUUUGGUAAAGGACGAAGACCUCGCUGAUAUCCAGGAACAUGGUGAGGAAAUUGAAGACAUUCUUGACAAAAGUCGCUACAAAAUUCGUCGUCAGUUGAAAAUUGCUAAACCGCCAACAAAAGUGGGACCAGAUGUCAAGCCAGAAUCUGAAAGCAGCUCUUCCAAAAGUAAACUUCCCGAUAUUCCCCUUCCAAAAUUCGACGGCCAUUACGAAAAUUGGAUCUACUUUCGGGAUCAAUUCAAGUCAAUUAUUUGCCGUCGGGAGAAUUUGGAUGAUUUCGAGAAGUUACACUACCUUCGAAUGUGUCUGUGUGGGGAGGCAAAACAUUUGCAAUGCAACGAGGAAACCUUUGCUUCUCUUUGGGAUGCACUGAACCGUCGCUACGAAAACAAGAGAUGGUUGGUCGAGAAACACUUGGGUGAUCUUUUCCAAAUUCCGCAUUUGACCUCCGAAAACGCUGCUGGCCUACGAUCGAUGCUGGACAGUUUCUUGAAGCACAUCCGUGCUUUGAAUGCGCUUGGUAUUCCGCUGGACAAAAUGUCGGAAUUGAUUUUCGCCCAAAUGGUCAUGAUGCGUUUGCAUCCACGAAUCCGCCGGGAGUAUGAAGCUGAACUGGAGGAGUCGAAGCUGCCGGAAUGGAAGGAAUUGGUAACUUUCUUGGAGAACCACUGCCGAAUGCUGGAGAAUUUGGAGUGUCUGAACAAGAGUUGUGCCCCCGCUUCUACAAGUCGCUCUACUAAAUCCUUUCCGCCCGCGUCUAAUUCUCGUGCUCCAUCGUCGAAUCGUCCCUUUGCUGCAACUGCUACCCGUGAACGUAGUAAGAUUAGCUGCUUCUUGUGCCGACAGAACCACUACAUCAAUCAGUGCGAAGAAUUUCUUAAGUUGAGUCCACCGCAGCGUAUCGAAAAGGCGAAGUCUCUCAACCUGUGCUUCAACUGUCUUUCCAACAAUCACAGUGCAGCUCAGUGUACCAGAAGUCUGUGUCGCUCGUGUCAGAAGAAGCACCAUACCUUGCUGCAUUUGGAGUCCAAGCAAUCGCUAGCCGUAGUCCCGAGUGAAACCAUUCCGCCCGAACAACCCAAAACCCAACGUGAAAGGCCGUCAACUGAACCCUCCGUGUCGAACACCAUCGUUUCCCAAGCUUGUCGUGCUUUCCCCAUCCGACGUCAGGUUUUGCUCAAUACUGCAAUCAUGUACAUCAUGUACGUUGAAGAUGCCCGCAAGGAGUUCCACAAGGUCCGCGUACUACUGGAUUCAGGAUCCAUGGUCAACUUCAUCACCAAAGAUUGUAUCCAACGGCUCGGUCUUAAGAAAAUCAAAGGCAGUGCACAAAUCACAGGCGUUUGUGGCAACAUGUCGUCCAUUCAGUACAAGGUGCGCACUGUAAUACGUUCUACUACCUCCAACUACGAGACCGAAAUCGAGUGCCUUGUCACGAAGAAGAUAACUGCGGACUUGCCAAUUGAAGGUUUCGACACUACGUCGCUGAUGAUUCCCAACAACCUGACUUUGGCGGAUCCUUCCUUCAACGUUCCAAACCGAAUCGACGUGCUGAUCGGUGCUGACGUCUACAUGAGCAUCCUGGAAAGCAAUCGAGUACCCUUGCACAACGGCAGUCCUGUAAUGCAAGAAACACUCUUUGGUUGGGUCAUAGGGGGAAGAGUGGAAGCUAAAAAACCACUUGUCUCCGCAUUUGUCUCCAACGAAAACUUGGACCUUCUGCCGAGGAGUUUCUGGGACACCGAAAGCUGCGGAAUCGAGACUGGGUUCACAACCGAAGAGGACCAAGCGGAACAGCACUUUGUCGAAACACAUCGUCGUCAGGAGGAUGGUCGCUACAUGGUUGAGUUGCCAUUCAAGAAGGGUUGCCCAGAUCUUGGCGAUUCGAAACAAAUGGCGUUGAAACGACUGCAGGCUUUGGACAGGCGUCUGAUGCGAAACUGGAACUUGGCCACGGACUACGCUGACUUCAUCAACGAAUACAUCAGCUUGGGUCAUAUGGUGGAGUUGGGCCCCCUGGACCAAUACGUUGCCGUGCCUGGUCAAGACUACUUCCUUCCACACCACGCUGUAGAGAAGCCGGACAGUAGUACAACCAAGUGCCGCGUAGUUUUUGAUGGGUCUGCUGUAUCGAGCAACGGAAAGUCAUUGAAUGAAAACCUACUCGUUGGUCCUGUGAUUCAACCUAAACUGAACGAAAUAGCCUUGAGGUUCCGUGUUCCGAAGAUAGCAUUCACAACGGAUAUCGGUAAAAUGUAUCGACAAGUCCAAGUUUCUCCGAACCAUCAGCAGUUCCAACAAAUAUUGUGGACCCCCAAGAUGACGACCGAACCCAUUGUGUAUCGACUCACUACGGUGACUUACGGGCUGGCGAGCGCACCUUUCCAAGCUGUUCGAGCAGUGAAGCAACUAUGUAUCGACGAAGCUGCACGUUUUCCUGAGGCGGCGAGGGUUGUUGUUGAAGACUCGUACAUUGAUGACAUUUUGACCGGUGCAGACACACUAGAGCAAGCGGUUCGACUGAAGGAUGAGAUCAUCGGGCUAUUCGACAGCGGCAAAUUCGAGCUCCACAAGUGGUGUUCCAACAGCAGCGAGUUCCUUCAAACUCUCCCCCAGGACAAAAUCGAGAAGAAGCUAAUGGUUGGCGAAAAGCAAUCCGUGAAGGCACUUGGAAUCGUCUGGAAGCCAGACGAGGAUGUUUUCAUGCUCAACGUUGACCCAGUAAUCCUCGGAAAGGCAGAAACUACCAAGCGAGAAAUCCUGUCAAGCAUCUCCAGAUUUUUCGACCCCAUUGGACUGGCCGGACCCAUUACCAUCGUGGUGAAACUCAUCAUGCAGAGCCUGUGGAAGAAGGAAAAAGGAUGGGACGAAGAAGCAGACCAGGAAGACAUCGACAAGUGGGUGGCGUUCAAGUCACAAUUAGCAAGUCUCCAACAAAUCAAGGUUAGCCGGUGUAUUCUGCCAUUCUCCUCCGCUACCAUCCAAAUCCACGGAUUUUGUGACGCUUCGAAUCUCGCUUACGGAGCAUGCGUCUAUGUCAGGUCCACAAACGAAAACGGUCAGGUCAAUAUGUCGCUAGUAUGCUCGAGGUCACGCGUAGCCCCAAUCAAAAAGGCAAGUAAAUCCAAAAGGUCAGAGCCUGAUCUGACUAUACCCAGGCUUGAAUUAUGUGGUGCUUUGCUCUUGGCUCAACUUGUCACUGAUACCUUAAACGCUUUGAAUAUCCGUACCGAUAAAACUGUUCUCUGGUGCGAUUCAACUAUCGCUCUUGCUUGGAUCGCACGUCGCCCUGAGCAACUCAAGCAAUUUGUGGCUAAUCGAGUCACGAAGAUCCAGGCGCUAACAUCUACGAUGGAGUGGCGUCACGUAGGCACCAACGACAACCCAGCGGACAUCAUAUCAAGGGGCUUGAUGCCGAACGAGCUCCAAAACGCAAAAUUGUGGUGGAAUGGUCCCGAGUUUCUACAAGCCGAAGAACCAACGUGGCCCACUGGGUACCAAGAACCCGAGGAAGUCCAAGAAACAGUCAGCGUGUGUGCCGAGCAACCAGCCGAAACAUUCCCCAUUUUUGAGAACAUCAGCUCCUACCGCCGAAUGGUUCGAGUUAUGGUGUGGGUGCAGAGAUUCAUCAGCAUCUUGAAGAAGGAGGUGGACGUCCCGAAAACAUCCUUCAUGAGCCUCAACGAGAAGACAUCAGCCGUUCAACAGUUAGUGAAGCUAGUGCAAGGGGAGGCCUACCCUGACCUAGUUCGCCAGCUGCAGCAAGGGAAGAUGAUCGACACGAAGCAUAAGCUGAUCUCCCUCUCACCGUUCAUCGACGACCAAGGCGUUCUGCGAGUAGGGGGACGACUACGCAACAAAACUUGCAACUUUGACAUGAAGCAUCAGUACAUCCUGCCUCCGUACCACAAGUUUACGGAAGCGAUCAUCCGAGAGUAUCAUCGUGAAAACAUGCAUUCCGGAAACCAGCUAACACUGUCAAUGAUCCGGGAGAAAUUCUGGAUUGAACGCGGCAAAUCUGCCGCACGAAGAUACUCUAUGCCCUUACGAUGCUUCCGUCAAAAACCGAAACCACUGCAGCAGUACAUGGGUGAGCUACCAACGGACCGAGUCGAGCUCGUCUAUCCAUUCUACAACACUGGAGUGGAUUUCUGCGGACCGGUGUAUUUGAAGCCAGCUAUUCGUUCAACGACCCGUGUGAAGUCCUACAUUUGUGUGUUUGUGUGCCAAGCAACCAAAGCGAUUCAUCUGGAGUUAGUUGGAUCCCUGACUUCAGUUGCAUUCAUCGGAGCCCUGCAACGGUUUGUGUCUCGACGAGGAAAAUGUGCCAAGCUAAUAUCCGACAAUGCGACAAACUUCGUCGGAGCCAACAACGACCUUAAGGAACUCCACGAACUGUUCAACUCCCAACCGUUCCUCAGGAAGCUCCAGGACUUUACCGAAGAAAAGGCCAUCCAGUGGAUCUACAUUCCACCACGUGCGCCAUCAUUUGGAGGAUUGUGGGAAGCGGGAGUUCGAUCGCUCAAGCACCAUCUCUGUCGAACUCUUGGUGAAGCGAUCCUGACCUUCGAGGAGAUGACCACAGUUCUGACGAGAAUCGAGGCAACAUUGAACUCCAGACCGCUAUGUGCUCUAUCUGACGAUCCUACGGACUACAACGCCCUGACACCUGGCCAUUUUUUGAUCUUCCGGCCACUGAACGCAGUAGCUGAACCCGACUUGACCAGCGCAAACAUGCAUUCUUUGUCCCGAUGGGAUAAAAUCAAGCAAUACGUUCAACAUUUCUGGCGUAGGUGGAACGUCGACUACAUCCACCAACUCCAGCAGCGUUCCAAAUGGCAUACCAAGGUUUCAGUGGAAGUAGGACAACUGGUGAUCGUACGUGAAGACAACGUUCCUCCUCAGCAGUGGCUUCUAGGACGAAUCGAAGAACUGUUCCCAGGCAAGGAUGACAUCGUGAGGGUCGUAACAGUACGCACAGCCCGAGGCGUAUACAAGCGAUCAGUAUCACGACUCAGCUUGCUGCCAAUCAAGGACAACGAUAUCGAAGCAAGCAACCAUAUUGGAUGA